CUCAUUCCUAUAUAAAUUGCCUUGUCAGCUAAACGGGACAAAAUUGGCUGAUGCAAUAUAUCUUUCCAACUAUUAUUUUGCUAAAAAGUGGUUCCAAGAAAAAUUUCGGUAUACCUUGAACGUAAGAAAUAUUACAAUUUAAACAACCAUAAUGGACGCUGAAGACGGGUUUGAUCCAACAUUACUAAAGAAAAAGAAGAAGAAGAAGACCUUCGACCUAGAUGCCGCACUUGGACUUGAUGAUGGUAGCAAGAAAGAAGAACCCAAGGAGGAGGAGCCACUGGAUACAGGAGCAGCAGAUUUAGAAGAUAAUUUGGAUUUAGAAAGUUUCGGCAAAAAGAAGAAAAAGAAGAAGAAGCCUUUCAAUUUAGACGAAUUAGAAGGUGCUUUGCCAUCUACAAAAGAAGGCGAGGAAGAGGGUAAUAAUGCUGCGCUGGAAGAGCCGGAAGAAGACGAGAUCAAUCUAGAUAUGGACUUUUCAAUGGCAAAAAAAAAGAAGAAAAGUAAAAAGAAGGACUUGGACGAACUAUUUGCUGAUAAGGGAGAAGAAGACAAGGGUGAAGAUAAAGAAAAUGUUGACGACAACAGUUCAUCAUGGGCCGGAUCCGAUCGUGAUUAUACGUAUGAUGAGUUACUGAAACGCGUUUUCGAGAUUAUACUUGAUAAAAAUCCAGACAUGGCAGCUGGACGCAAACCGAAAUUCGUAAUGAGACCUCCGCAAGUGUUGCGUGUUGGUACCAAGAAAACUUCAUUCGCUAAUUUCAUGGAUAUUGCAAAAACACUGCAUCGUCUGCCAAAACAUUUAUUAGAUUUCUUGUUGGCUGAGUUGGGUACCAGUGGUUCAAUGGACGGAAACCAGCAGCUCAUUAUUAAAGGUCGUUUCCAACCAAAACAAAUUGAGAACGUACUGCGUCGUUAUAUAAAAGAGUACGUUACCUGCCACACCUGCCGUUCUCCCGAAACUAUACUGCAAAAAGAUACCCGAUUGUUCUUCCUGCAAUGUGAAUCAUGUGGAUCCAGAUGUUCCGUAGCAAGUAUUAAAUCUGGUUUCCAAGCCGUUACUGGAAAGCGUGCUGCAAUUCGCGCGAAAACUACAUAAAAUACUGUAUUUUUGCUCGACCGUAGGGGUUUUUUGUUUCUUUUUCUAACGACGAUUUAUUUAGGUUUAACAAGUUGGGUGUAUGACAGAGAUCAAAGAAAAAA